CGGAUGGAGUCGGGACCGGGGGACCUUGGCUGCCCGUCAGCGCCGCAUCCGGAGCCGCCGAGCGGGAGGCAGAGCACCGGGCUGCUGGGAAACCUCCUGUGAACAGACCCUCCUCUGGUGCACCGGGAGAGUUGUAGGCUACAAAAGAAACACCAACUUGAAUAUAAAAAAAGAAAAGAAAAAACCCUCAGCCUGUUACAUGGAGCCGGGUGGCGCUGGGUAGGGGGGGGGGGGGUCAGCAAGGCCCUCCGGGAGAGACCAGAGCUUCAACUCAAGUGUAACUCCACUAAAGCUAAUGGAUUUGAAGAAAGUGCUCUCCUUCCCUCCAUACCCCGGGGAUUACCUGCAUCCAGUGGUGUAUGCCUGCACAGCAGUCAUGCUGCUCUGUCUGCUCGUCUCCGUCAUGACCUACAUCGUCCACCACAGUGCGGUCCGCAUCAGCAGGAAUGGCUGGCACACACUUCUCAACUUCCUCUUUCACACGGGGCUGACAUUUGGAGUUUUCGCCGGGGGCAUCAAUCAGAUCAACUUACCUUUCGUGUGCCAAAUUAUUGGCAUUGUGCUCCACUAUGCAUCUUUGUCUACCAUGCUGUGGCUGACAUUUACUGCUAGAAACAUCUGUAACGAUGUGUCCAAAGACCCACUUCGGCCCCAGAAGAGGAAUGGCCCAGCCCAGACUCGCACCAAACCAACCGUCCUCAGAUUUUAUCUUGUAAGUGAUGGAGUCCCUCUCGUGAUUGUUGGAGUUACGGCAGCAUUUGGUAUGGAUAACUAUGGCAGCAGGGACGACGCCUUGUAUUGCUGGAUGGCAUGGGAACCAAGCCUGGGAGGUUUCUAUGCCCCCAUGGGUCUUCUGGUCUUGGUCAUGUCUGUGUACUUCUUGUGUACUUACAUCCAACUUAAACGCCACCCAGAGAAGAAGUAUGAGCUGCGAGUUCUGAGUGAGGAGCAGCAGCAGUUAUCAUUUAGUGAGCCAAACCAUCACUGCCACACCGACACCGGAGGAGAUUCUAGGCCCAGUGGAGACUGUCCGCCAUUUGCAGCAGGUGUGUCGGUGCUGGCCAAUGAGCACUCAUUUAAAUCACAGCUCCGAGCAACAGCCUUCACCCUCUUUCUGUACCUGUCUACCUGGGCUUUAGGAGCCUUGGCGGUAUCAAUGGGGCAUUUCCUGGAUAUGAUAUUCAGCUGCCUGUAUGGGGCUUUUUGCGUCACUUUGGGACUCUUCCUUCUCAUCCAGCACUGUGCCAAACGUGAUGAUGUAUGGCACCGCUGGUGGGCCUGUUGCCCGUCCAAGUCCAAGUCAGAGGACGGGAAUGGGGACGGACAGAGCCAGAGGCAGGAGCUCCAUCAGCCCCACUGCCACUUGAACUCCCCAUGCUCAGGCAAGCAUCCUCUGCUCUCUCCUCACCUAGUGCAGAGUCCUUACCACAAAAUGACACCACAUUCCCAGAGUCCUGCACCCGGUCACACAGGUCCGUGCUGCGUGGCCGUGAUGAGUCCCGCCAGCCCCAUCUCACCUCUUGCUGAACCAGUGUCCUCACCUCGUCCACAGUUGCUUUCUGACGAGCUCCCACGUCCCACUCUGCCUCUACAGAGCUGCCUUAAUGACAGAACAAAGUCACGCUCCUUCAACCGCCCACGUCCAUGCCUCCAGGACUACCGUUCUCACAUAACGUCCGUCAGUAUGGAUGGGAGUGUGCACAGCUCCCACCAAGACAGCCCUCAUGCAAUGCACCACCUUGAAGACUCUCCACUGGUUGCUAUCAGCCCGCAGCCAGACCUCCAGCUCCCCUGCCCCAGCCCUCACUUGGAUAAGCAGAUGGCUUCCUGCCACAGCUUGCAACACCAAAACUCAAUGACGUCCUGUCACAGCCGCGCACACAGCAUGCAAGACAGCAUUUCUUCCUGUCACAGCCUCCUCCUGCCUGCUCAUGGGGUCCACACCUGCCAGUGGCACAUGUACAGCUCAGCAGAUCACGCUUCCACUACUAGCUGCUGCGAGAAACCUGACCCCUUUACCUUGCAAUUUCAGCAAGACCCUGACACGUACAGCUGCAUGUCAAAGACAACAGAUAAAGAAAAAGAUAACCUCUGCGUACAAGGGGAGCAUAAAAGUUUCCCAAGAAAUACUCUGCCUCGGCAGCACGGCAAUUUCAGCCGGCGAGGUACCAUCGGCCGGAACAUGAGCCUGCAGGAAGACAGCCUGUAUGGUUCAGACGCCCCAGGAAACAUACGGACUGGCCCUUGGAAGAAUGAAACCACCGUAUAGUUUUCUCAUACAUGUACCUGUACUUGCCAGACCUUCCAUCACCCCUGUAAUCCAAUUACUCCGUAAGUGUUUGGGUUUCAAUGCCUUCAGCUUUGCCCUUAAACCACAGGUUGAGUUUUCAGUGAGGCCUCGUGUUGUGCUAUCUCAGAACCCUUUAUGACAAAGUUAUCUUACAGUGUGUUACUUAUCAGUUUUUAUAAAGACAGGUUCUAUCAUUGUUGAAUUAAUAUUCUGCUCCAUGCUGUUUAAAGUUGCAAUCAGUAUUGUAGGGCUCCGUAAGGGCGCGCUGGUUCAAUAGUCUGCGAGGUCACAGCAAGACAGCCUUGAGUUUGAACUCUUCAUCAGUUCCAGUUGGGGCCUAUUUGUGUGGAGUUUGAAUGUUUUCUCAAUGUUUGUGUCAGUUGUUCCUCAUUACUCCUACAGUCCACAGGCAUGCAGGUCAGCUGCAAGGAAUAUUCCAACCUAAAGGGUCUACACAGAUUUAAAACUAUGGACCUAAUCCCAUACAGACCAGGGCAAAACAUACCUAAACUCAGUGGGCUAAAAUGACUUGUCCAACAUGAGAGACCUGAUCCAGAAGGGACUCAAGGACGGUCAGACCCAAUCUAAACAGACCCAAAGGUUCCAUUGACCUUUAAAAUGACUUGUCUAACAUAAGACCCUUAUCCAGAAGGGACUCAAGGGCAGUCAGACCCAUAUCUAAAUCGACCCAAAGGUUGCAUUGACCCUUAAAAUGACUCGUCUAACAUAAGAGACCUUGAUCCAGAAGGGACUCGAGGACAGUUAGACCCAUAUCUAAAUCGACCCAAAGGUUGCAUUGACCCUUAAAAUGACUCGUCUAACAUAAGAGACCUUGAUCCAGAAGGGACUCGAGGAAAGUUAGACCCAAUCUAAAUAGACCCAAAGGUUGCAUUGACUUUUAAAAUGACUCGUCUAACAUAAGACACCUGAUCCAGAAGGGACUUGAGGACAUUUAGACCCAAUCUAAAUAGACCCAAACGUUGCAUUGAACCCUAAAAUGACUUUUCUAAAUUAAGAGACCUGAUCCAGAAGGGACUCAAGGACGGUCAGACCCAAUCUAAAUAGACCCAAAGGUUGCACUGACCCCUAAAAUGACUUGUCUAAAAUAAGAGACCUGAUCCAGAAGGGACUCAAGGAAAGUUAGACCCAAUCUAAAUAGACCCAAAGGUUGCAUUGCCCUUAAAGUUAAACUGGCUUAAACAUUCUGUUUACCAGCAGUCAUUACCCAGCAAGCUAUGCUGUAAAAUCAGCUAUAUGGACAUUUAAAAUGAAUGAUCUCAUGGGGAAAUGUUAAGGCCGUGAGUGACGCACUGAAGCAACCUUGAGCCGUGAAGGACCAACGGAUUCUGAUGGCUGACGUUGAAUCGGCCUAAAAAACAUAAUAUGGCAAACGUACAAUGAGAUAUACACAGCUACUUUCGUAGUUAUUUCAGCAAUAACAACAUUUCUAAAUACCAACAUAUUACAAAAUAAACUUAAUAGACCUCCCUCUUUCUGCACCAUCUACAACAUAAACAAUUAGCACCCCGAGCAAGAAAGCUGCCUUGCAAGCCAGUCGACCAGCCUCUAGAUGAGUAAAAUAAGAACUUAAUGUUUCAUUCACACACUCUUAUCACAUCUUAGGAAAGCACAUUACUAUCGCCAUAUGACAAUUUUGUUUGGCUAAUCCAAUUACACCAUGAGCUGCAAACGUGUAUUAAAACUCUAUUGUUACAUGCAAUUCUACCAUAGACUGUAAAAAUAGUGGAUGUAGCAGCAGUGACCUCACCCACUGGUUUGUUGACUGCCGUUUUGAAGCCUCGAGUUUGGCAAUUUGCCCGUCGCCAUCUUGUUUUUUUGAAACC